AUGUCGAUGCGGCUACAGGAACUCCCGGCUCGCUUUCGCGCUUUCCUCUGUUAUGUUGCCUCUAAAUCGUCUCGCGCUCCCAUUGAGACGAUUGUAUUCUGUCUUAUAAUAGCCUCAUUUUCUUAUGCGUCUUUAUUCAGAUCAUUUGUAGAAUCUGACUACUUCAAUGAUAAAUCUCCAACACUCGAAUCAACUCAAGUCAUUGCACGUGCCGACUCUGACAAUUUCAUACCACUUGCAACCAGAGAAUCAAUAACUCAAGCAUCAAGAUUGCAAUUGAAGCAGAUUAUUAUUGAAGGAACAUCGGGGGAUUAUUACAACGUCUUAGAUAAAAAAAUAUUAGAGAGUGUAUUAGAAUUGCAACACGUACUAGAGAAAGUGAUGGAUGUAAAUGACGGAAUGAAUAAAUUAUAUUACAACGACGAUUUAUGUUAUAAAUCAACACUCGACAAUACUGGUAGCUGCUUCGUCGCGUCCCCACUUCAAAUAUGGAAUAACAACUAUGGGACAUUACACUCAGAUACAAAUAUACUCGAAACUGUUCGAACUCGUCUUGAACUUAAUGAAGCACAGCACUUGUUCAGAGAUCUAAAUUUACAAGAAAACACAAACAACCCGACCGCGCUAGCGCUUACGUACGCAUUUAACACCAAUGGUCCAUUCAGAGUACGCUGGGCUAAUAUGUGGGAAGAUAAAGUAGCUACGUUGAAGAUAGGAAGGUUGGCAUCUAUUGGAAAGAAGCAGCAGCAGGAAAUCGAAAAAGGUUCAGUUGCUUGGUUGUUGAUGUCUCUUGGAAAUAUGGCAUCAAAGAUAAGGGAGGCAAUACGGGACGCGGAAACUGUUGAUAUAGUAGUCGUAUUUGCUGGAUAUUUGUUGAUGCAUACGACGUUCCUUGGACUCUUCCUAAAUAUGCGCAAGAUCGGUUCUCGUUUUAUACUUGCAAUGUGUGUGCUCUGGAAUGGAUUUUUUGCCUUUUUGGCUGCGAUGUUAACAGUUAAUCUUCUUGGCGUCUAUGUGAACCCAGUUCUGUUAAGUGAGGCAAUACCGUUCCUCGUAGUAACAGUCGGGUUUGAGAAACCGUUUGUUCUCACAAAGGCCGUCCUCCAGGCGUCUUCAAACAGCAGCCCUCCAAGUUCGCCAACAAAGGACAUGAAAAAUCCUGCUACAAUAUCAUACAACGUCCUUGAUAAUGUUCUGGCUGGAGUGAAUAAAGUUGGGUUGAACAUCGUCCGAGAUUACUUGAUCGAAAUAGUAGUCUUAGUGGUCGGAGCUUUAUCAGGAGUAGCUGGAUUACAAGAAUUUUGUUUCUUGGCCUCGUUUAUUUUGUUCUAUGAUUGUGUGUUUCUGUUUAGUUUUUACACUGCUAUGUUGACCAUGAAACUUGAGUUGAAACGAAUAAGAGAAACAAGUCUCAAGCAAAUUGCAGUAGAAGACGAAAUCACCGUCAGUCCAGCCAACAUCCGACAUAAUAUUUUCAAAGCGUUCCGGGACACUACUGUUGAAACUGAAGGAUCCAAAAAAUUCAACAAUCCCAUGAUAGCGAGAAUCAAACUGUUAAUUAUAAUAGGCUUCGUGAUCAUGCAUGUGAUGAAUCUUGCUAGCACACUGCACACGAACGACACAAUUUCCCUUCCUUCGAAAACAAUGCCCAAAGUCACCAAAGUUGACAUCAACGACUCCACUAUACACCCAAUUCUCAGUCUCCUCCUUCGGGAGCACCGUCAAAGUCCUCGCGGCAACCUGCCUCUCAUUGUAGACAUUGCUCCACCAGUGGUAUUUCGCAUUAGUCCGAACAUCGGAAGCCCAAUAUCAGAGCGCGUCUACGAAGCGCUCAAUGAAUUGAUGGACUUUUGGAGUUACUAUGUACAGGAUCCUGUGUUAGCCAGAUGGACAUGGGUUAUGCUUGCGGUAUCUGUGAUGUUGAACGUGUAUCUAUUGAACACACACAAGUUACCCAAGAUCCAGCAGCAAUCUAUGAAAAAGACAUUUACAAGCGGGCCAAACAUAGUUGCUGAUGCAAUCUCAUCCACUACCGAAUCUUCACACGAUCUUCAUUCAACCAAUAUAAUACCCAAGCUUUCGUCAUCGUCACAAAAAGAAACAUCAUCUCUUACAUCGCCUUCUGCCCCAGCAAAGGAGCCAUCUCCUUUGAUAAUGAGUUCGAUCGAAGCUCGUACAGACUUGUGCAGCACAGUGUCCUCGUCAUGUAAGACACCUCCGUCUAACCCCACCCUUCCACCAGUUUCCUCAUCCUCGUCUUUAUCAUCUUCUCCUUCUGUGGUACGUACUCUUUCAGAAUGUCUCGAAAUAUGUGAUACUUCUCCGCUCGGCGCCGCAGCGCUGUCAGAUGAAGAUAUAGUAUUGCUAGUUCAGAACGGCAAAUUUAGCAUUCAUUCACUAGAGAAAACACUCAAAGACUUUUUGAGAGCAGUCAAGAUCCGUCGAAUGAUAUUGUCGCGGGUAUCAUUAACGAAAACACUAGAAACAUCUGCUUUGCCAAUGAGCCAUUAUGAUUAUGCAAAAGUAUAUGGAGCGUGUUGUGAAAGCGUUAUCGGAUAUAUUCCUGUACCGGUUGGAGUUUCUGGUCCACUCAACAUCGACGGCGAAUUGCUCCAUAUUCCCAUGGCGACAACCGAAGGAUGUCUCGUAGCUUCGACGUCGCGAGGAUGUAAAGCAAUAAAUGCAGGUGGGGGUGCUGUUACAGCUGUGACAAACGACGGAAUGACGCGGGGUCCUUGUGUCGAGUUUGGAGGCUUGGAGCGAGCUGCCGAGGCUAGUCGAUGGCUAAGUGAAGAGGGAAUGGAUAUAAUAAAAGAGGCCUUCGAUUCUACUUCUCGGUUUGCAAGGUUGCGUAGUUUGAAGAGUGCAUUAGCAGGGAGGUUGUUGUUUAUUAGAUUUGCAACAACUACUGGCGAUGCUAUGGGAAUGAAUAUGAUUUCUAAAGGGUGUGAGAAAGCCCUUUCGGUGAUGUCAGAACAUUUUCCGGAUAUGCGGAUUAUUUCCCUAUCCGGAAACUUUUGCACUGAUAAGAAACCGGCAGCCAUUAACUGGAUCGAGGGGCGUGGGAAAUCCGUUGUGGCUGAGGCGGUGGUCUCUGGCAAGACGGUACAGGAAGUAUUGAAGACGUCUGUCAAGGCAUUGGUCGAGUUGAACACAUCAAAGAAUUUAAUUGGAUCCGCAAUGGCAGGAAGCAUUGGUGGGUUCAAUGCGCAUGCAGCCAAUAUUCUGACGGCAAUUUACAUUGCUACCGGACAAGAUCCGGCUCAGAACGUUGAAAGUUCAAAUUGUAUAACUCUGAUGAAGACUGUAAAUGAUGAUCAAGAUCUUCUUAUAACGUGUACGAUGCCGUCGAUCGAAGUAGGAACCAUUGGUGGGGGUACAAUUCUAGCACCUCAAGGUGCAAUGUUAGACAUGCUCGGAGUUCGUGGGGCACAUCCAACAACGCCAGGUGCCAACUCCCAGAAAUUGGCGAGAGUCAUCUGUGCAGCAGUGAUGGCAGGAGAACUCAGCUUGUGUGCUGCAUUGGCAGCUGGACAUUUAGUAAAAUCACAUAUGCAACAUAAUAGAUCGCAGCAACAGCAUUCCAGCGCACCAACACGAUAA